AUGGCCACCAGCGGCACAGCGACAACGUUCCAGGGCUGCCAGGCACCGGCGGAUCCCCGAGUGACAGCGGCCGGGCUGUCCCUCCCGGCCGCGCUGGCCCCGCUCAGCCGCGCUCCGGUCGCUGCUCCGCUCUCGGCGCGGGCGAAGGCCGCUCUCGGUGACCGAGGCUGUGCCUCGUCCCUCGCACGACCACAAGAGGACCCGGAUCAGUGGAUCGGGAGCCCUGUCCCCGAGCAGCCCGAUGCCCCAGCCCCAGGUGCCUGCUGGGGGGCAGAGCCCGCGCCCCAGGAGGGCUCCGUGACCGUGGUGCUGCGUGUGAGACCCCCCAACCCCCGGGAGCGAGCUGCGCCCGCCGUCCUGCACGUCCUGAACGAGCACACCGUGCGGUUCAGCUCCGAGGAGCCCGGCGGCCCCGGCGGCACCACACCGCCCGGCCGCAGCCCCGGCCGCCGCCGCAGGAACCUCGAAUUUGAGUUCGACCACGUUUUCGACGAGCGGGCCACGCAGGAGGAGGUGUUCCAGCACACCACGCUGCCUCUGCUGGACACCCUCCUCGCUGGCUACAACUGCUCCGUGUUUGCCUAUGGUGCUUCAGGAGUUGGGAAGACCCACACCAUGAUGGGCUCCAAGACCACUCCUGGCAUUGUGCAUCUGGCCACGGUGGAGCUCUACAGGAGGCUCCAGGCCAUGAAGGACAAGAGCUGGGAGGUCCUGGUCUCCUACCUGCAGGUGUACAAAGAGCGUGUCUAUGACCUGCUGAAGCCACAGGGCCCACUGAACGUCUGGGAGCAGCCCGGGAAAGGAGCCGUGGCACAGGGCCUCUCCUUCCACCAGCCCACGUCACCAGAGCAGCUCCUGCACAUGUUGGCCAAAGGCAACAAAAACCGGGCACAGCGUCCCACCAAGGCCAACGCCGCCUCCUCCCGCUCCCACGCCAUCUUCCAGAUCCAGGUGAAGCAGUGGGACCCCACCGGGGACCUGCGCGUGGCCAAGCUGAGCUUCAUCGACCUGGCGGGCUCGGAGCGAGCCUGGGAAACGCCGGGCCGGGGAGAGGGGCUGUGGGAGGGCACCAGCAUCAACCGCUCGCUGCUGGCCUUCAAAAGCGUCGUCCGUGCUCUGGCCGGAGCCAAGGGCGGGCAGAGCCACGUGCCGUUCCGGGACAGCAAACUGACGCUGCUGCUGAAGGACUCGCUGGUCGGCAGCUUCCGCAGCACCGUGAUCGCGGCCGUGAGCCCCACGGCGAGCGCCGGCCCCGACACCUACAGCACGCUGCGCUUCGCCAGCCGGGCCAGGCACAUCCUGCUGCUGUCCCCGCAGGACACCGGGAUAUCUCCCUGCAGCUCCAGAACAGACUCCCUGCCCGAUCUGCAGCUCCAGACCAGGACACCAAGUCCCCUUCAGCAGGACCUGCAGGCGCAGAACCUCUGCCCUGAUGAAAUUACUGUGAAGACAAAGGAAGUGGAGGAGCCCAAAGGGCUGAAGGAGUCCACAGGGAUGGAGGAGCCCAAAGGGCUGAAGGAGUCCACAGGGACGGAGGAGCCAACAGGGACGGAGGAGCCCAAAGAGAUGGAGGAACCCACAGGGCUGGAGGAGCCCAAAGGGCUGGAGGAGCCCGAAGGGAUGGAGGAGUUCAUAGGGCUGGAGGAGUCCACAGGGAUGGAGGAGACCACAAGGAUGGAGGAGUUCAAAGGGCUGGAGGAGUCCACAAGGAUGGAGGAGACCACAGGGAUGGAGGAACCCACAGGGCUGGAGGAGUCCAUAGGGCUGGAGGAGAUCACAGGGAUGGAGAAGGCCACAGGACUGGAGGAAGCUGCACCUCCCCAUAGCCCCGCAGAGCCCACCGAGGCUCCUGUCACCAUGCCAGAUCCCCCUGUGCCCAGCACCUACCCGGAAUGCUCCCGGGAGCUCUCUCCGUGCUCCAGUCCCAAGCCGAUAUCUCUCUGGCCGGUUAAGAGGAUGCUCGACUCGAGCAGCGAUUCCCAAGCAGAAAAUUCCCUCAGCUCCCGAACACGGAGGAAGCGCCAGCGGAGUUGUGGGAAGGCAGCAGAGACUCCCCGGGCAGCGCAGAGCCCCGGGCAGAGCUCCUCUGAGUCCCCGGAGCCCCGCUGUGUCAGCCGCCAGCCCUCCCCGCCGCCGGGCACCCAAAGCCCCGGCACCCAAAGCCCUGGCACCCCGCCACCAGCGGCUGCACGGACCCCCAGCCCCCUGCCCGGGCCGGCUCCAGAGCUGCUUCCCCCAAGCGCCGAGCAGCAGCAGCAGCAGGCAGAGCUCGGGGCAGCCCUCCCGCGCUCACCUCCCAGCACCUCUCCCAGCGUCCAAACUCCAAAGUGCAGUUCCUCUGUGCCUCUGUGCUCCUCCAGCAGCCCCGCGAGCAUCCCCUCCUGCCCCGCGGUGCCCUUCUGGCCAUGGUUCCAGCUGCGUGCCCGCGUUUGUGCUCCCUCCGUUGGCUCCGUCCUGUACGUGUGUUUGCAGGUUAUGGGUGGGUUUAGGAAAUAA